AUGAUUUCUUAUAAGGUAACAUUGUUACUUUUCCUUUUUUGCAUUUAGACGAAAGGGAUUGAUUUAUGUAAUGAGAAUGAAACAUUUGAAAGUUGCAUUUAGAGUGAUUAUGAUAAAUGCAAAUGGGAUGGGAUAAGGAAACUUUGUGAAAGAACUUUUGAUUUUUAAUAAGGAUGCAGUAUAACUUUGAAUAGGAAGGCUUGCAUAAGACAGAUUGGAAAUGUCAUAGGUUAACCCGCUAAAUGUAUAACAACUAUUCUAAAUAAGGUCGCUUUUUUUUAUCAGUAUGUGAAGACAUACCCAAUUUAGAAACAGAGAAAUGUGAAAACAAUCUCUCAAAGUCUGGGUGCAUCUCAAUUACAAAUCCAGAGCAUAUUUGCUAUUGGAAAGACGAUAGUUGUCAUGUAUUGGCUCAAAAUCAAUGGAAUAAAGUUCAAGAGGACUUUGAUUAAGUUUAAUAUAGUGUUUCAGCUUGUUCCAAAAUUGAGAACUAUUUAAUAAUUCAUAGUAAUCUUUUAUGGGAUUUGAUAUCUUAUACUCCAGAUUUAUUGGCAGAAGCAAACAAUUCAUUCAAAAAGGAGAUGGGCUUGGAAGUUACUGAUGAUAUCAUAUUUGAUGAUCCAAACACUGUUUCUUUGCAAAAUAACUAUCAAUUCUCAAAUGGCUCAUUCGCUUGGUAUACAAUUAGGGAGUCCAAGGAAAUUACAUUAACAAAUUGUAAAAAUUGAGUUCUAAUAAUUAUAGUAUAGAAGUCCUAUAGGUAUAGGUAUGGAUGUGUAGCAAUCGAGAUAGAGAACGAUAGCGAUUACCUCAAUCUCCUUACAAUAACAGAUGAGCAAAGAGGGGUUAAUCACUUAUAUUGCAAAUAUUUAAGUAGGAAUCCAAACAUUGCAGAUGACUAUGUAUUUUCUGAUGGAUUAUGCAAGAAAUUCAACAAUCUUGAUUUGAAUAAUAUUUAAAAAACAGUCGAAUUGAAUUUGAGUUGUAAAUCACUGGACCACUAAUAGUGUAUUUAUUUUGAUUCUAUUGCUCAUGUAUGUCGAUUAAAGGGAAUUGGAUAUGAAUACCCUUGUGUGGUUUAAGAAGAUGAUUAUGUGGCUGAUUGUGAAAAUGCUUAGUGCACUGUUAAAUAAUGUUCAAAGUUAAUAUUUCAUUAUUUGGAUAUGGAAACAAACACAUGUAGGGAUACUUGUUCGUAAUUCCCUCUAAGUAGUUAGAGUGCUUGUGAGGCAGUAAAAGGAUGUAAGUUUUUAGGGACAAGUUAUAGGAUUAUGGAGAAGAGUUGUUCACCUUAGGAUGGAUGUGAUCAUUUAGGGAUUGAAAAGAUGUACUGUAUAUUUUUAAAAGAUCAAUGUGGAUGGGAUGAAUUGUACUAACGUUGUUAUAGAAUAAAGGAUGAAGAGUUCAAAUUGAUGAAAUGCAGUUAAGCCUUUAAUGCCUAAUCUUGUGUUCUCAUCACUUUAAGUGAUUAAAUCUGCUUUUGGAAUUCUUCUAUACUCAAGUGUUAGAAUGUAUUAGAAUAACCAAUACUUAUAUAUUAAGCAGCAUUAAUGGAUAUAGAACGUGUUAGUCCUUUUCUUUUAACUUUAACUUAAGUAAGCAAUGAAAACUUUUGCAAAUAUCAAUAAUCACUUCCAAGCGAAUACAUUCCUAGUGAAGGAAAAUGCUACCUAAUUUAAUCAUAAAUGAAAUCAACAGAUAUUACUCAUAUGAACAUGAAUGCAUGUCUUAAAUAUAAUCCAGGAUUAAGAAGGUGGGAUUCCUUAACUCAACAAUGCAUAGAUAUUUUAGAAGUAGAAAUAAAAUAGCUGGAUUGUGUUACUUAAGUGUUUAUUACUGAAAAAGUAUGUCAGAAAUCUAAAGUGAGUUAAUCUGGUUACCUUUGUAUUUAUGAUCAAUAAAGUAGUUCUUGUAAAGAAUUAGAAUAUUCACAAAUUCAAUCUUUUGGAUGUAUUGGAUAUGGUUUUACAAAAGAGGUUUGUGUAUCUUUAGACAGACCUGGAGUAUAUUGUAAAUUUUAAGCAGGAAUCUGUGAAGAAAUUACUGAAACUGAAAUUAAUUCAGUUCGUUGUUCAUCCUUAUAAAAUGUGACCUCACAAGUGUGUAAAUUAUACACCUAAUCAUAAACAGUUUGUCUGUAUGAUAAAUCCAUUAAUUCCUGUUACACUCCUAGUGUUUAUUUCAAAAUAACUUAUUAAUCUAAUAUGAAUCGAUAUGGUUGCCAAUUAGUAUAGGAUACCUUAACUUAUUUCGACAUAGUUAAAAAUGAAUGUAUUUCAUUUAGUGAAGAUGAGGAUAUUUUGUUGUCUAACUUGGAUUGCUCAUCAAAUUAUGUUAAUCAAAAGACAUGUUUGUUAAUUACUAAAAGCGGUUAGAAUUGUCAUUGGGAUACAACUGAAAAUAAGUGUAAAAAUUAUUCAGGUAUUUUUUCUAAUUGUGGAGAUGAGGAUAAUUUUACAAGCAGGAUUUGCUAGGCUCUUUCAUCUGAUGUGUUAAAAUAGUUAGUAAAUGAUAAUUAUUGUACUUUUCUUGAUAACAAAUGCCAAACCAAAUCUACUACUCUAACUGAUUGUGGAGAAUCUGAAAAAAUGAAUAUUCUCAGAUGUAGUGGCCUAACUGGGUUAAAUCAAGCUGGGGAAUACAUUUAAAUGUGUGCAUUUAUUGAUCUCAAAUGCACAUCAUUAAUUGAUGAUUCUAUGGAUGCUUUUAUAGUUUUGAAUCGCAUAUCAUGCUCUUAGGCAAAUUUGAAAGCCUGUUCAAAGGUACAAACUAAUGGAAAAUAUUGUUAAAUCACUGACUAUGUUUCAAGUAAUAAUUUCAUCAUCGAUAAGAAAUGUGUAUAAAUUGAUAAUGAUAAUUAAUCAUGUUAAACUAUCACUACUAAUUUCUAGAAAGAUUAAAUAAAUCCCAAUCAUUGCAUUAGAGCAAAUGACAGUUGUUACUAUGAUUAAUCCACUGGAUGUUAAUCACCAAAUAAUGAUGAUUUGGAAUGUGACACUCCAGGAUUGUCAUAUUAAGGUUGUAUUCUAAACACAAACAAUCAUAGAUGUGCAUUUAAUAAUUCGAAAUGCCAAUAUUUUUCAACAUAUUCAACUAUUUCCAAUUGCAAAUAUCUAAAUUAAUUGGCUUGUUCCUAUUAUCAAUAUUAAGACUGUUAUUGGAAUGGUUCAAUGUGUGAUAUUUCAUAUGAUUAUGGUAGUGAUUACUCAUGUAUUUUGAAUGAGGAUAAUCUAUUUAUGGUUUCAAAUGGUUCUGCCUGUAUUUAAGAAGAAGAACAAAAUUACUAAUUGUACACAUGUGAUAGCAAAAUAAAUUAAUUCGGUUGUGGAUCGAUACCGAAUUAAUAUUGUGAGUUUAUUUAAAAUUAAUGUUAAUUCUAUUCAAGUACUUAAUGCGAAGAUUCAGGAGCAUCAUGUAACUUAAAUAAUUCAUUAAAUCUGAAAUGCGUUCUCAAAGAUGGUAAAUGUUUUCAUUUUCCACACAAUAAUCACUAAUGUGAUUUCUUUGAUAAAACUAACUAUGAAUUUUGUCUCCAAUAUUCUGAUUGUGUUUAUGUAGAUUAGAAAUGUGAAUAAAUUCAUCAAAUUAGACCUUACUGGUAUUGUUUUUAAUUAACCAAACUUGAAUGUAUUAUUCAAAAUAAACAAUAUUCAUGUAAAUGGGAAAAUGAACAAUGUAUUGAUUCUGAUGAUUCAACUUGUCCAUCUCUUUAAGGAUUUCGUUCAUAUUACACUUGCUCGUAAUUUAACAACUGUUUAUAUGGAUACACUAAAAGUGGCUUAGGUUUUUGUUAUUAGGAUGUAAACUUUUAAUCCUUAACUUGCGAACAGUUAGAUGAAACUCUCUGUCUUGAAGAUAUGGCUCAUAUAAAUUCUUCGCUUUUGUGUUAUUGGGACUAAUCGUGCAAAAACAUAAAUAACACAGAAGUUAUCUAAUGUGAAGACCUAUAAAAUUUUUAGUCAAGUUAUCCAGCUUGUGCAUCUUUGGAUUAGGAACACUGCAUGUAUUCAUUUAUAGAUAAGAAAUGCAAGCUUACAUAAGAGUAUGGUCAAAUAACAACUUGCUAAGGAACAACAUCAAAAUAAUGCUCAUAAAUAAAAAAUACUUGUUACUUUAAUGGGUCUAAGUGCCAAACAAAAGGAGCACCAUCAUAAUUAAAUAAAUACGGAUGUAUUAUUUAAUCAGGAACUUGGAAAUUUACCUAUUUCACAUGUUAUAAAUUAAAUAAUGAAAUGCAAUCAAGUUGCAUUAAUUUGUCAAAGGAGGCUUGUUUGGGUGAUCUAACAAAAGAAAUAAGUUGCUAAUGGAUAAAAUAAAAAUGCAUCAAUUUGUUUGAGGAUUAAAAUAAAAAACUAUUGUCAUGUCAAAAUCUGAAUCAAAGGGCUUGCUUAAAUGUCAGUCUAUCAAAUAUCUAAUGCAUUUGGAAUGAAACCAUUAAAAGUUGUGAUUCCCUCACUAUAACUAACAAUGAUUGUAGUCUCAAUAAUUUAGAUCCCCUAAUGUCUAUUAGUGUAUGCGCAAGUUCAACAACUAAAAACUGUGUGAGACAUUAUGAUAAAACUAAAUGUGCAGAAAUUAAUGUGAAAUUGGAUGGCUGCAAUCUCUUUGGAUUGAAUAAAUUAGCUUGUAUAUCGUUGACAAAAGCACCGUGCUCUUGGAUUUAAGUUGGAGAUGGAGGAUAUUGCAAUGAUGCUAACAUAUAUACUGCUUUAUGUGAGGACUUCUUAAAUUAAUCGGCGUGUCUAAAAAUCCAAACAUUAGGAUAAGUUUGCAAAUGGGAAGAAUCAACUUAACAAUGCAUCAAUUACAAUUUCACAACUUGUGAAUCUGCCAACAAUGAACACUCCAUCAUGGCUUGUAAAGGUGUAACUGAAGAAGCAUGCGAAUAUGAUCCUUUGAAAAAGUCAUGCAAUCAAAUCUAGUUUAUUCCAAAUUUUUGUUCAAGUAAUUUCAAUUCUCAGGCUUGUAUAAUAUCUACGGAAGUCUGCUUAUGGUAAUCAAAUAGUUGUGACUACAGGUCAAAUUUAAGUUGCCUAAAUUACAAUACUAAAAUUAAGUGUCUAUAAAGCAAUGAAUAAAAUUGUCAAUGGAUUAAUAAUAAAUGUCAAUAUUUUUACCCUCUUGCUAUUAAAGUUUAUUGCUACAAAUUACCAACAAAUAUUAAUAAUUUUGCUUGCAUGAUCAAUUCAAUAGAUCCCUGUUUUUUUGAUUCUAAUUUUAUGUAAUGCAUUGCAGACCAAAGCAGUAUUACAGCAAAAUACAAUUGGUCAACAAUAAUUACUAUUCUAGCACUUCAAUAACCUGGUUAGUAAUCUUCCAUCUUAAAUGGUAAAUGUGAAGAACUAUAAAAUUCAAAUUAUUGUUUAAAAUCACGUAUUCCCAACACAUCAUGUAUUUGGAAUGGUUCUUGUUAAGAGGUCACAGAAUUUGAUAAUUUAUCUUGUUUAGACUCUCUUAACAUCUGGGGAUGUUUGAAUAUCACUAAUGAUAAUUAGUAUUGUUUCUGGAAAGGUUAAAAGUGUUUAAACUGGAAUUCUUCUUUAGGUAUUAUGGAAAAUGUUAACAAAAAUGUCUGCAUUUAAUAUAGCAUAAAUAGUGUUUAUGAAUAGAAUUCCUGUAUUGAGAAAUAAAUUGAAUCAAUCUAAUGCACAUCUGAUGGAAUAAGUCAAAAAACAUGCUUAUCUAUUCCAAAUAAGUAAUGCUAAUGGAUCACCUCUUGUAUUGAGUUUACUUAAACAACUCAAACAAAAUGUCAAGAUUAUAAAAAUGUAACCUAUUAUGUUUGUUAAAUGAUUCCUGAUUUGGCUUGCAGUUACGAUUACCAAAAACAUAAUUGUAUUGAAAUAUCAAAAGAAAUUAUUGGAUUUGGAGUCUCAAAAUCAAGCUGUGUUUCAAAUAAGAAUAUUGCUACAUUUUGGAAUAGUAAAGGUUGUUAAGAACUGUAUAAUUUUAUUGAUUGUGAUACCUCAUUGGUUGUCAAUGAAUUAGCAUGUCGUAAAUAUGUAAAAAACACAGCAUGCCUUUAUGACUCAAAUACUAAUCGAUGUAAGAGCAACUUCAAUAAAUAGUCAUUGCAAUGUAAGACCUUAGGUUUAAAUCUAUUGGGUUGCAUUAAAGUCGAGCAAGAACCUUGUAUUUUUAAGGAUAACAAAUGCUAGGUAUUUACAGAAACAUCAUAAAUUUGUAUGUUUAUUAAUCUAGUUAACUUUAAAGCCUGUGCAUCAGUUAUCAAUUAAUAAUGCUCCUAUGACUCGAUCAAUUUCAAAUGCUAAUCUCCAUUAAUCAAUGAGAAUUAUUGUAAUGUUUCAGGAGUCAAUAAAGAUGCUUGUGAAGUUAAUACAAUUUGCAUGUGGAAUUAAGACGACUUAGAUUGUAAGUGCAAAUCAGAUUAGAAAGUUGAGACUUGCUAAUACUCGAAUAUUACUUAAUGCAGGUCUAAUAGUAAAUGUUAUUUCGAUCUUGAUAUUUACAGGUGUAUUAAGAAACAAUGUUAUCAUCUGAAGGAACAUGAAUGUACUGCGAUCAUGGAUAAUAAAACUUGUUACUUAAGCAAAAAUAAUGGUUGUUAACCAGCAACUAAAUGCGAGGAUAUUAUUGAUUCAAAACAAUCUUGUUCAACUAUAUACAUUGAUUCGUAACCUUGUAUUUAGGCAGGCGUUUCCUGUAUUUCAAUUAACAAUUAUAUCAGUUAUUGUCCAUAAUCAGAUUGUUCAAAUUCUAACUGUAUUAUUAAAUAUGGGGCAUGUAAAAUGAGAACAUGUGAUGAUUACACUGAGCAAGAAUGUCAAUCAAUUUAAGGUUGCUAUUUAGAUUAGGAAAACACAUGCCAAUAAUUACUUAGAUGUAGCCAAAUUACUUAAGAGAUAUAUGGAGAUCAAGUCACUAAUAUUUGUAACAAAUCAUCAGUUAACGGUCUUAUAUGCAAUUGGUAGAGAUACUCUUUGUUAGAUGAUACUGUAGUAUGCACCAAUCAGUAUUGUGAGUAAAUUAUUAUUAUUAAUUGUAGAAUCUAUGGGUCGUCAACUACACUUUGUUAAGGAAACGAAGUUAAUGGUUAUUCAUGUGUGCUAUUUAAUUAACUAGUGUGCAAGUAAUGCGAAUAUAUUACAGAACCCUGCUUUUGUAAUUAAUAGAAAAAUGUUUGCAUCUAUCAAAAUGGAAAGUGCAAUUCUGUUUUGUGUUCGAAUUAUUUAACUAAAGAUACAUGUUCGUAAGUCUCCGAUCGUUGUUAUUGGAGCACUUCAACUGAAGACAAUAAACAAAUUGGUCUUUGCUUAAAGUCAUGCGAAAAAAUCAUUGAUGCUAUUGAAUGUAACAGUAGAUUUAACGAAUGUUAUUUUGAAAUUUCUAAUGGAUUAUGUGUAUAAGGCUAAAAAUAAAUACCAAAUUUGAGUUCUGAAAUUGUAAUAGAGGAAUUUUAUGCCAUUAUCAUACAAGGGUAUAUUUUUGUAUUUUUUAUUGUUUUUACCUGA